CCACGAUUAGAGUGACGCUAAUACUCAAUAAUUUGCGUUUACGUAUCAUUUAAAACUGCAAAUUGGCGCAUUUUAACGCCAGAUUUGACCGUGUUGUGCACUUUGGGGUUAGGUGGGAAACACAAAAUGCGUAAAUUUAUUGAUAUAGGGGCCAAUUUGACCGACCUCAUGUAUUCGGGGGUUUACAAUGGGUCAAGUAAACAUGUACCCGAUUUGGGGCAGGUUUUGAAGCGAAGCUGGGACGCUGGCUUAGAGAAAAUCAUCAUUACGGGAGGCAAUUUAGACGAGAGCCGAAAGGCCCUAAAAAUCGCCGAGUCUGAUGAGAGGCUUUUUACAACAGUGGGGGUUCACCCAACCCGAUGUUCGGAAUUUGAGGCCGAUCCCCAGAAUUAUUUAGCACAGAUGAAGCAUACUAUGGAAAAUGGGGCCAGAAAAGUCGUGGCAAUAGGCGAGUGUGGCCUGGAUUACGACCGACUUCAAUUCUGCCCCAAAGAAGUACAAAAAAUGUACUUUGAAAUGCAGUUAAAUUUGACGAAAAGCUCAAACUUGCCGCUGUUUCUCCACUGCCGGAACGCCGCGCAAGACUUGGCCGAAAUUUUGGGGAAGUACCCGAAUUUGCGUGGCGUCGUUCACUCGUUUGAUGGUACACUGGACGAGGCGCGGCGUUUCAUUGAUAUGAACUUUUUGAUUGGUUUAAACGGAUGUUCUUUAAAAACGAAGGAAAACCUUGAAACUGUGUCGGCUCUCCCAAGUGAUAAAAUCCUGAUUGAAACUGACUGUCCUUGGUGCGAAAUCAGACCAACUCAUGCUGGAUAUUCCUUUAUUUCCAAAGAAAAUUUAAUAACAAACAGCGUCAAAAAAGAGAAGUGGAGAACCGAUUGUAUGGUUAAAAGCAGGAAUGAACCAUGCAAUAUAAGGCAAGUCCUUGAUGUUAUUGCUGUUGUUAAAAACGAAAACCCUGACACUUUAUCUAAACUGAUUUACGAAAAUACACUCAAAUUAUUCUUCCCUGAUGCGAAUAACACAUCACUCUAAUAAAUGCUCCGAGGAAUGUGUUUUGUAAAAUAAAUAAGUAUAAUUGAAUAAAAAAAUACAACUAACCAUAA